AAUUUACAGCUACUGAUAGCAAUGCACUUCGAAUAUUUUGCUGUCCUUACGUUCGUCGUAAUAUCAUCCAACAUUGCAUCAGCGACAGGAGGAACAGAUGAGGAAGGACCCAGUGCUCCUAAAAAAAGAAAGAUUGAAAUUAAAUGUCGCUGUCCCAACGAUAAAGUAAACCAUGUUUUUGGAGAAGUGGGAAAUCAAAUUGCUGGUUACCUACCUACCGGUGAUUUAAAAAAUAUGGCCAAAAUCCCCGAGAUGUCUGAAUGUGCAAACUAUGAGUUGAACCAUCGAAAUAGAAUAUUAUAUUACCGGGACAAUAAAAUAACACCGCCAUAUUUGAAGAAGGCUUUGGAACUCGUAUCUAAGAUGAAUUUCACCGAUUUUCGGGAGCGAUUACCCUUCACGAUGCAUCAUUGGACACCAGGUCAAGCUAUUUUGUUUGGUGAAGAAAAAUCAAUCAAUACAAGUUCCGGUUAUUCAGCAAUGAUGUUCGCGUCUCACAAAGAUCAUCUAGAAAUAGGCGGGAAAUCCAUAGUUGCAAGUACCGCUUUUUACCCCGUUGAAAUAAAAGAAAUUUCAAUGAACGGAGUAAUUAUUCCCUACGAUUUGUGGUCAUUCUCUUCCGAGGAAAGUUGUUUCUGGAGCACGGACUUCGAGUUGGGUCCUGUGGUAUUGGCCAUUGUGAUUAGUAACGAUCUCAAAUAU